CAAAUGCCCACUUUAUUGUUCACACUGUCUGUCUUUUCCAAGUCUACUACUAAAGAGAGCAGUGGAUACAGAUUCUAGGAAAGAAGGGGAGCUUUUCAGCAGGUUUAAAAGGAGGGUAGAAAGACCACCCUAUAAGUAUAAAGAUGUAUCGUUUUCGUAACAAUACUAUUUUGUAUGUAUGUUUGUAGCUAUAUUUGAUGAUGACAAUAAAGGCCUGUGAAUGACGCGUCAUCAUUCAAUAGCUGACGUUUGUUUUCGAUACACCAGAAUGGUUCAGCAUCAAGAAAGCUUUUUCAUCACUCAACAAAAACACAAGGACAGGCCACUUGAUAAACACUCCAUAUCAUUCACGCUUGCAUGGUUCUGUAUCAUGUUUGUGCUUCGGGUAUGCGUAACACAAUCGCACGCAGGUUGCAUUUGUUAUUUCAAAGACGCCAUACGGUUUCCGCUAAAGGAACACUUUGACGUCAUGUCCUUUAUACUGCUCUUCUUUUUUUUUUGUCUGCCUGUCCAUCCAUCAAGAUAUAAGCUUUCGACUACCCUCCUCCUCCUCCCCCCCCCCUUGUUUCAAGUCACCCCUUUCACUCCCCUUAGCGUACCUAGGCUGAAGGCGUAGAUAGACACGCUUGAAAAAAGAUUGCUUUUCCUUCCAACCCCAUUGAAGUUACAACACAUUCAAAGGGAGCACACUCUCUUGCUUGUCUUGUCCUAUAGCAGUGUAAGAUGUACAAGACAAUGUAGUAAGCGAUAACAUGUUUUUCCAGUAGUCGAGUAUCCGUGAGGUAGGUUUGAGAUAAACGAUGCGCACACGUCAUUUUCCAUGCAAAACACGCGCAUUUACAAAUGUAUUCACGCAGGCAGCACACAAAAAGGAUGCAUUGUUCACACCUUACAAUAAAGAUGAAUGGCCGGUGAAUAAAAAGAAAUAGAAAUGAAAAAAAAGAAAAAAAA